AUCUUGUUUCAAAUCGCAGAGAGAAAGAGAAGAAAGAUUUUGUUGCGCCUUUUCACUCUUUCUUUUAUCCGUCGUCGUUUUGGUCUUCGAAUCCCUAGUUUCGAAUUUCGAAGCUAUUCUUUGCGGCGAUCGAAGAUGAAGGUUUUCGUGAAAACUCUUAAAGGAACUCACUUCGAAAUCGAAGUCACGCCUCAAGACACGAUUUCUGCAGUGAAGAAAAAUAUAGAAACCGUUCAAGGUGUAGAUGUCUAUCCUGCUGCACAGCAAAUGCUUAUUCAUCAAGGGAAAGUUUUGAAGGAUGGUACCACCUUGGAGGAAAAUAAAGUAGCUGAAAAUAGUUUCAUUGUGAUAAUGCUUUCAAAGAGUAAGCCUGCGUCUGGUGAAGGGUCUACUACUUCAAAUGCUCCUCCAGCGAAGGCCCCACAGACGAGUGCUGCUCCUACUUCAACCCCCCCAGUGUCUGUUUCACCUCAAGCUCCUGCUGCAACUGCGGCACCGCCUGCAUCCGUUGCUGCACCUUCCCCAGCUCCAGCUCCUGCUCCUAUAUCUUCGGCAACUGCUACGGAAGGUUCUGAUGUCUAUGGGCAGGCUGCAUCUAAUCUGGUUGCCGGUAGCAACUUGGAGGGAACAGUUCAACAAAUCCUAGAUAUGGGAGGAGGAAGCUGGGAUAGGGAUACUGUAAUUCGUGCUCUUCGAGCUGCCUUCAAUAACCCUGAGAGAGCGGUUGAAUAUUUGUAUUCAGGUAUACCUGAACAAGCUGAAGCUCCAGCAGUGGCCCGAGUGCCUGCAAGUGCACAACCUGUGAAUCCUGAGGCUGCAGCUGCAGCUCCACAAGCAGCUCAGCCUGCUCCUGUUACCUCAAGUGGACCUAAUGCCAAUCCUCUAGACCUCUUUCCCCAGGGCCUCCCAAAUAUUGGUGCUGGUGCUGCUGGUGCCGGCUCUCUGGAUUUUCUACGCAAUAGUCAACAAUUCCAAGCAUUGCGAGCUAUGGUGCAGGCAAAUCCACAAAUAUUGCAGCCCAUGCUACAGGAGCUUGGCAAACAAAAUCCUCAUCUUAUGAGAUUGAUUCGGGAUCAUCAGGCUGACUUCCUUCGCCUGAUAAAUGAACCUAUGGAGGGCGGAGAAGGGAACAACCUAUUGGGACAGAUGGCUGCUGGCAUGCCACAAUCAGUAACUGUCACACCCGAGGAGCGCCAAGCUAUUGAACGUCUUGAAGCAAUGGGUUUUGAUCGUGCUAUAGUAUUGGAGGUGUUCUUUGCUUGCAACAAAAAUGAGGAAUUGGCCGCCAACUACCUUUUAGACCACAUGCAUGAGUUUGACGAACAAUGAUCUCCUUUCCAAUAGUUUCCAAAUUAUUUUUCGUUAUCUUUUCUCUCGGUGGACCUUUUAAAUUUCUUAUACUUGGUGUUAAAUGAGGUAAUGCUUUAUAAUGACAAUCUCUCUAGUUGACUGUGGACAAGGGAUGUUUUUUACCUUCUCAUUGCCGCCCUUACAAUGACCUUCUCAUUUCCUCCCCAUCGAGGGCUCGUUCUCACUAUUCAUAUACAUAGUCAUUUGCUUUUCUGUAUUA